UUGGAAUAGUGGAGCGGGGAGCGAAAAUGCCCAAUGAAGGAAAAGAGUGUAGCAAGCGGGAAUUUCGAGUCUUGAACUUGGAAAGCAGCAAUGGGGUUGCAAGUGUAAUUGAAUGAAAAGACGGGAUGCAUGGCAGAAUUGCUGUGUGUGCAAAGGCUAGGAGGUUGGGAAGGGCCAGGGCUCCAUCCUGUGGCUAGGGCUGGGAAUUUACCUUCUAACGUUUGAAGGACGUUAAGUCGGUUUGCAAAGAAGCUAAAGAAUAAAUAAACGACGAAGUGGAACACACACCGGCGGUAAGGAGAUGCCAAGAUCUAUGAACGCUGUGAGCUGGCAAUGAAGCUGCAGAAAGCAGGCCUCGAUGGCUACAGGGGCUACAGCAUUGGAGACUGGCUGUGCAUGGCACACUACGAGAGUGGUUAUGACACCUCUUUCGUGGACCACAAUCCUGAUGGUAGCAGUGAAUAUGGGAUUUUCCAGCUGAAUUCUGCCUGGUGGUGUAACAACGGCAUCACACCCACCGAGAACCUCUGCCACAUGGAAUGUCGUGAUCUACUCAACCGCCACAUUCUAGAUGACAUCAUGUGUGCCAAGCGGGUUGUAUCCACACAGAACAGUAUGAGUGCCUGGGAUUCCUGGACCCAGCACUGUUCUGGCCAUGAUUUAUCUGAAUGGAUCAAGGGGUGUGAUGUGCAUUUAAAGACUGACUCAAGGAAAAUGCAUCCAUGACUCAAACUACCAGGAAUAGAGAUUCUC